AUGAAUUUGUCAUCAUUCGAACAAAUUGUACAAAAUUAUAUCUCAUUUAUGAAACUGGCAAAAAAAGGAACUAUGAUCGUUCCAACUUUUGAUAUCGAUUUAAUAUGGCAUACACAUAUGCGAUCUCCAAUGAGUUAUAUCGAUUUCUCUACGACUGUAUGUGGUUUUAUCUUAAAUCAUGAUGAUUCAAUUGAUAAAAAUGUAUUAAAUGUUGCCUAUGAAAAUACAACUAAUCAAUGGAAAUUAACUUACCAAUCAGAAUAUGGACAAAACAUUGAUAGAGAUUGUUUACGUAACACGUCCUAUAAGAGUUCUUGUGUAAUGAUUCCAAUACACAAUCAAAAGAAUCGAUCGAAUCAAGACAACUCGACGUCAGGCGGAAGCUGUGGAGGAUGGUGGUGGGAAAGUUCACAUGGGCAUAGUGAUAGUUCUGAUAGUUCUGAUAGUUCUUGUGGUGGUUGUGGAGGUGACUGA